CUUAUCCGCACCUUAUCCAAUUUCAUCAGGUGGGCCAAGAAGUGAGGAAGAAGGAAGGAAGAACGAAAGAACGAAAGAAAGAAAAUAAGGAAAGGCGGAAAGGAAGGGAGAAGAAAAGGUUGCAAACGAACAACGAUUCACAACGAUAUUUUCGUACGGGCAGGCGGUUAAAAACGCCCAACAUUCAACAAAUUCCCCAGGCUGGUCAUGUAGUACAGUGAACUACCGAUAACAGCAACAACUUAACGAACAACAACACCGAGGUGCCCUUAGACAAUCUAUUCGUACAAGAGAAACACCAAACUCAACUAACAACAAAUUGAAAUUAAUAACUGCCGAUUUUUGAACUGACAAUAAAACUAAGCGCAACUGCAACAACAAGGAACCAAAACAUCUUAUACCAAAAAAAACCAACUAAACACGAAAUUUAAACGGAGAACAAAGGAGAGACAUCAAGAAGGAAAAACAGAGAAAAUGGGACGCAAGGUAACCGUGGCGGUGUCCACACUGAACCAAUGGGCACUGGACUUUGAGGGGAACAUGGUGAGGAUACUGCAGUCCAUCCUGGAGGCCAAGGACAUGGGCGCCAGCUAUCGCACCGGACCAGAGCUGGAGGUUUGUGGCUACAGCUGCGAGGACCACUUUCGUGAGCCGGACACAUUCCUGCACUCGUGGGAGGUGCUGCUGGAGGUGAUGAUGUCGCCCAUGUGUGAGAAUAUGCUAGUGGACGUGGGCAUGCCGGUGAUGCAUCGCAAUGUGGCCUACAAUUGUCGCGUGGCGUUCUUCAAUCGCCAGAUCCUGCUUAUCCGGCCCAAGAUGGCCAUGUGCGACGAUGGCAACUAUAGGGAGUCGCGUUGGUUCACCGCCUGGACGAAGGCCCUGCAAACGGAGGAGUAUGUGCUGCCGCGAAUGAUUGCCCAGCAUACGGGUCAGCAGACGGUGCCCUUUGGCGAUGCGGUGAUUGCCACCAGGGACACCUGCUUGGGCUACGAGAUCUGCGAGGAGCUGUGGAAUGUGCGCAGCAAGCACAUCGAGAUGUCGCUGGCCGGCGUGGAACUGAUCGUGAACAGCUCCGGCAGCUACAUGGAGCUGCGAAAGGCGCACAUCACCAGCGAUCUCAUCCGGAAUGCCAGCUUCAAGGCCGGCGGCGCGUAUCUCUUUAGUAAUCUUCGCGGUUGCGAUGGCCAGCGGGUGUACUUCAAUGGUUGCUCGGCCAUAGCGCUGAAUGGCGAGAUUCUGGCGCGGAGUCAGCAGUUUGCACUGCAGGAUGUGGAGGUCACGCUGGCCACCAUCGAUCUGGAGGAGAUUCGCGCCUAUCGCGUGAGCCUGAGGUCACGCUGCAUGGCGGCUGCAUCGGCAGCGGAUUACCCACGGAUUCACUGUGACUUUGAGAUGUCCACGCACAGUGACAUCUUCAAGACGUCGACUCCGCCACUGAAUUGGCCCAUUCUAACGCCGGAGGAGGAGAUUGCCCUGGGACCGGCCUGUUGGCUGUGGGACUAUCUGCGAAGAUCCGGUCAGGGUGGAUUUUUUCUACCCCUAAGCGGUGGUGUUGAUUCCAGUAGCUCGGCCACCAUAGUGCACUCCAUGUGCCGGCAGAUCGUGCAGGCUGUCCAGCUGGGCGAUGCCCAGGUGCUCCACGAUAUCCGACAGAUUCUGGCCGACUCGGACUAUACACCGGAUAAUGCCGCCGGAUUGUGCAACCGAUUGCUGGUCACCUGCUACAUGGGCAGCGUGAAUAGCAGCAAGGAAACCCGCAGGCGUGCCGCCCAACUGGCCAACCAACUGGGCAGUUACCACAUCGAGAUCAGCAUUGACUCGGCGGUGAAUGCCCUAUUGAGCAUAUUCAAUGCCGUCACCGGUUUGACGCCCCGUUUCCGGACACAGGGCGGAUGUGCCCGUCAGAAUCUGGCACUGCAGAAUAUGCAAUCGAGGAUACGCAUGGUGCUGGCCUACAUCUUUGCCCAGUUGAUGUUGUGGGUGCGGAAUAGGCCAGGUGGCCUGCUCGUCCUGGGCUCGGCCAAUGUGGAUGAGUCCUUGCGCGGUUACCUCACCAAGUAUGACUGCUCCUCGGCGGACAUCAAUCCCAUUGGUGGCAUCUCCAAAAUGGAUCUACGCCGGUUUCUGACCUACGCGAAGGAUAAAUUCAAUCUGCCCGUGCUGGAGUCCAUCAUCGAUGCCCCGCCCACCGCCGAACUGGAGCCGCUGCAGGAGAACGGGGAGCUGCAGCAGACGGACGAGCAGGACAUGGGAAUGACCUACGCGGAGCUCUCCCAAUACGGGCGACUGCGCAAACAGUCCUUCUGCGGCCCGUACAGCAUGUUCUGCCACCUGGUGGCCACCUGGAAGGGCGAUCUCAGUCCCAAGGAGGUGGCCGAGAAGGUGAAGCACUUCUUCCGCUGCUACGCCAUCAAUCGCCACAAGAUGACCGUGCUGACGCCGUCGGUCCACGCGGAGAGCUACAGUCCCGAUGAUAAUCGCUUCGACCAUCGCCCAUUCCUGUACAGACCCAACUGGAGCUGGCAGUUCAAGGCCAUCGACGAUGAGGUGGAGAAGCUGCAACCAAUCUACACUCCAUCGUCCGCUCAGUUGCGCCCCAGCAGCGAGGACUUGCUGCUUUCCACGCAGAGAUCCUCCCACCUGGACGACUCCAAGCACUCGUCACCAUUGUCCUCGGCCUCGGCGUCCGCAUCGAUUGAUGUGGGCAUUGCCACGGCAGCGGUACCACUGCCAGGUGCAGCUGCUCCGGGCGGUCUCUCCAAGAAGCCCAGUGGCUAUUCCAAGGUGCACGUCAAUGUGCUGGGCAAGAUCAAGGACCGUACCGGCAUUCCCGUCUAGGAACGGCAUACUCGCAACGCACUGGAAUUAUAUUAUACACAGUUUUUGUUUAUUGUUGUUUUAGCACGGCUUAAUGUCUUUUGCUGCCACGCUAAGAAAUGCACUUGAAAUUUGUUAGAUUUAGGCAUCGGCUAUCUUUUGCAACUAUGUGCCUUCUAUUGCUCGCAAAAAAAAAAAAAUGUUUCCUUAACUGUUUCCGUAAAAAUAUGAAUUUUGAUCUAGUUAUAUGGCCAUUAAAUAAAUUCUAUUCCAAAGAAAAACCUAUCCGUAAUUAUUAAGUGCUUAUAGUUUUAUACUAAACUUUUGUAAUUUGCAACAUCUUUACCAUCUGUCUUAAAAUGUUUCUUGUAAUCCAAAACUGUUGUUAAGACUACUAUUUUAUCUAUAUGACAUAGCACUUGGCAGUCAUUAAAUCACUAAUAAUGUAGCUUUACUAUUCGGCAGCAAAGGGCAUUAUGCUGUGCAUAUACAGAAUUGGAAUCCAUAUGUGUAGAGAUCCAUAUCCUAGGCGUAGAGAUCCUUUCUUCAGAUCCUUUUCUAGGUAGUCAGCCUUCGUAGAGUCCUUUGCAGUUUGCCUUAUCUGAAAAGUGUAUAAUCUUGUCUUAUGCUCAAGCUAAAAACUGGACAAACAGUUCGUUCGCCUGUCCAAACAAUUUGUACAACAAUCUUGUUCAAAAACAAUUUAUUUGGAUAAAUCACGCUAUCAACUGACUUUACAUAAGAACGAUAUUACCUGUUGUGUUAUUGGUUGUGUACAGUGCGGUUUAAACUGGCAUUAAACUGUUUGUUUUACCUGAUUUUUUAAGACAUCAAAUUAAUUAUAACGAUCAAAUAUUUUGACUGGUAUAGGAUUGUUUCACUACACGCCGUAUUUAAAAUUUAUAAAUUAUAUGUAACCCAAUUUGGGGAACUUAGUUUAAUGUUCAAAUGUUCCAAAAGUUGCACUUUUAAAAACGCACUGUAUGUUUAUGAAUUAAGAUGAAUUUGUUGAUUCUAAGACAUUUUCUCGACCUUAAAGCUAACCACAUUACACGAAACCAAUUAGGAACGUCAAUUAUAUAUGUUGUGGGCAAGUUAAGCCCAAAAAUCAUUCAUAAGAUAUCACAAAUAUUUGCUUAAAAUGUCCUAUUAGCAUCUAAAAUUUUGUUGAUCUACAUAUUGCACAUAAAAGAGCAAUUCAAAUUGUAUUUCCUUACUGAAUUGUGAACUUGAUUUUAGGUUUAAGACCAAUGCAGCUUGUGCUAAUUCCCCAAUCUUUGAGAACACUUCCUUGGGAGAUGGGCAUUAUUUUUUUUUUGUAGUCAAGUAAAGUAUGUAGACAUAUAGCACAUUGUGAAUUUGAACACUCGCAUCAGAUCGAUUUAAAGCCACACUGAUUAUACACUUCUGUAGAAGGAAAUAUAUACACCAGA